GACAGCACCCAGCGCAGCAUGUGGUGGAGAGUUUGCAACUUGCUGGUGUGGUGGUCCCUACCAGCGGCCUCCCUGGGCCCCGCGGAGACGGUGGAGGUGGAGGAGGGCCAGCCGGUGACCCUGAGCUGCGUGGCGCCCCCCCGCAAGCGCGGCCCCCUGCAGUGGCUGGCGCCCUCGGGGUUCACCAUCUUCUUAAACCAGCAUCGCGCUUUAAAAAAUACCAAAUACCAGCUUCUUCAUCACUCCCCCAACGAGCUCUCCAUCCGUGUGGCCAAUGUGACUCCACACGACGGCGUGUACACGUGUUUACAUUACAGCCGGGACACCUCGCACGCCUUUGACAGCGACCGCAGGGCCUGGAACAGCAGCAGCGCGUUCAGGGUCCCCGCGCGCCGGGGCUCCGCGGUGGACUGCGUGGUGCGCCACAGGGGCCUCCGCGGGGGGCGGCUGGUGGUCUCCUUCCGGUUUGAAGAUCUGGUUACUGGUCAAGAGGCUGCCUCAGAUGCCCCGGGGAAAACCUCUUCGUCCUCAGGAGACGCCCCGCAGGCCGCUAGCACUGUUGCAGUGAUGGAAGAUUUUAGUACAUCAGCGACGGAGAAGGAAGAGGAAGAACAAACCACUCAAGACCCCGACUUGACCACUGGUGCACAUCCUCAGUAUGACGGGUUGGUGAGGAGGAAAAGCGGCAUACUGCUGCUCACGCUCGUGUCCUUCCUCAUUUUCAUUCUCUUCAUCAUCGUCCAGCUUUUCCUAAUGAAGCUUCGGAAAGCACAUGUGAUCUGGAAGAAAG